AUGUCUGCCAGCAGGAGUGGUCUCCACCCCAGUUCUCCUUACCAGAGGCUGAGCCAGUGGAUGCUGGACAUCUCCGGGGACCAGGGCGUGCUCAAGGACGUCAUCCGCGAGGGCGCUGGCGAGCUGGUGGUGCCGGACGCCUCGGUGCUAGUGAAAUACUCUGGGUACCUGGAGCACAUGGACAAGCCUUUUGAUUCGAAUUGCUUUAGGAAAACGCCCCGACUCAUGAAGCUGGGAGUGGAUAUUACCCUUUGGGGCAUGGAGCUGGGUCUUCUGACCAUGCGGAGGGGAGAGCUGGCCAGGUUUCUAUUCAAACCACCCUAUGCCUAUGGAACACUGGGCUGCCCGCCCUUGAUCCCCCCCAACUCCACUGUCUUAUUUGAGAUUGAGCUAAUUGACUUCCUGGAUUCUGCUGAAUCAGACAAGUUUUGUGCCCUGACCGCCGAGCAACAAGAUCAAUUUCCACUUCAGAAAGUCCUAAAAGUGGCAGCUACUGAACGGGAGUUUGGCAACUACCUUUUCCGCCAAAAUCGUUUCUAUGAUGCCAAAGUGAGAUAUAAACGGGCCUUGUUGCUUCUCUGCCGGCGAUCAGCACCCCCUGAAGAGCAGCACCUGGUGGAAGCCGCCAAGCUUCUUGUUCUCCUUAACCUCUCCUUUACAUACCUGAAGCUGGAGCAUCCCACCAGGGCCCUGCACUAUGGAGAGCAGGCUCUGAUUAUUGACCAAAAGAAUGCCAAAGCCCUCUUCCGUUGUGGACAGGCCUGUCUCCUCAUGACUGAGUAUCAGAAGGCCCGAGAUUUUCUAGUCCGAGCCCAGAAAGAACAGCCCUUCAAUCAUGACAUCAAUAAUGAGCUGAAGAAACUGGCCAGCCACUACAGGGACUACACAGAUAAAGAGAAAGAAAUGUGCCAUCGAAUGUUUGCUCCUUGUGAUAAUGGCUCUACAGUAGGAGAAAAGUAA